AUGUCUUCCGUUCUUCCCUCUCGCCUUGCAAAGCUCAAUCAACUACGAUGCUCCAUUUUCCAAACUGUAUACAAUCCAACGGGCAUUCGCACAGGUGCCAAAUACCUCCGUGCACGACUACGCGGUCCAUCCAUGGUCAAAUACUACCCUCCAGUCCUUGACUUUGCGAAAGUUAUGCGACAAUAUCCUGACCUGGAGCUGGUAGAUGAAGACGAAGAGCAACGGUUACAGGACGUUGAAGAUAAGAAAAAGAGAGGGAAAGGUGCUCCCAAGAAGGCGAAAACAAAAGGCGAAGGACGAAGGCAACAGAGAAGAAAAUAA